AUGAUGGAUGGAAUCUCGGCUGCAGCUAGCGUUAUCGCGGUCAUCCAACUGACAGGGAGUAUCGUGAAAAUUUGUGGGGGUUAUAUUAAGGAGGUGAAGGAUGCUCGGAAGGACGUUGUUUCCUUGCAAAAGGAGGUUGAAGAUUUGAGAGAAACUCUUGAGAAGCUCUCAGGCCUCUUUCAAGGAACUCACGGCAUGAAGCUGUCAACCUCCCAGUCAUUGGUCGAUGGGACCAUUAAUUGCCUUUCGGUCCUCCAAGAUUUAGAAGGGAAGAUCGAUCCCGGGAGAGGGAAAAAAGCGAUGAGCAAAGUAGGGCUUCGGGCCUUGAAGUGGCCCCUAAAACGUACCGAGGUGGAGAGAAUAAUGAAGGAUCUCGACAGAUACAAAACAACAUUCAGUCUAUCCCUGCUAGUCGAUCAGGCGACAACUGUUAAUGAUAUAACUCAGACUGCCGACCGUAUCGAGCGAAGUCUGCAUUUAGACCAGUUGCCAAUUGCGCUUGGGGCUGAGCUUGACUCGUAUAUGGAUCAACAUGAAGAUGAAUGCCUCCCAGGGACUAGAACCGAGCUCCGUCGCCAAAUUGCUGAAUGGGCUGUGUCACCACAAGGAAAAUGCAUAUUCUGGUUGAAUGGUAUGGCGGGAACGGGGAAAUCGACCAUCUCCCGAACCGUGGCAAAAUCGUUUAAACAGGCGAAGGUACUAGGAGCGAGCUUCUUCUUCAAGAGGGGAGAAGGUGACCGUGGAAAUGCUGCGAAGCUUUUUCCGACUAUUGCAAGACAACUUGUGGUUAGCUUCCCUCAACUCAUCCCAGGUAUUCAGAAAGCCAUCAAUGAUGACCCCAGCCUUGGAACAAGGUCGCUAAAGGAGCAGUUUGACAAAUUGCUUCUCCAACCACUGCUCAGCUUGGAACACUCCACUGAGCAGAUCCCGACCACGGUGAUAGUGAUCGAUGCCUUGGACGAAUGUGAAGGGGAUAAUGACAUACGCGUCAUACUCCAAGUACUACCUCGGCUCCGGGAGCUAAGCGCCGUGCAUCUCCGCAUUUUUUUAACAAGUCGACCUGAUUUGCCAAUCCGACUAGGAUUUUUGGGAAUCGGGAAUCAGGUCUAUCAGAAUCUGAUUCUCCAUGACAUCCCGGAGGCAAUUACAGAACACGAUAUAUCUUUGUUCCUGAACUGGCAGCUUUUAAAGAUCAGAAACGAACGCUCACUCCCUGUCGACUGGCCUAGUGACACAGAUACCCAAGCUCUUGUGACACUAUCUGUUCCGCUAUUUAUCUUCGCUGCGACCGUAUGCCGCGUUUUUGAAGAUCCCCAGUGGGACCCCGUGGAUAGUCUCACCGAGAUUCUCACCCAUCGAAGUGAGGGAUCUCAACUGAACGGAACAUAUCUUCCUGUGCUGAAUCGGAUUAUCAACAACCAGGAUGGGAAACGAAGAAUGCAGCUGAUUCAAGAAUUUCGGGAGGUAGUGGGUACAAUCGUGAUGCUUGAGAGCCCACUCUCGAUGACCUCACUUUCGAGGCUUAUUGGUAUCUCUGAGAGAAUGAUCGACUUAAGACUGAAUUCAUUGCACUCGGUGAUUCGUAUACCCGAAGACAAGACAAAGCCGAUGCGGCCUUUUCAUCUAUCAUUUCGAGACUUUCUUCUUAAUCCAGAAACACGCAAGAAGACUGACCUGUGGCUAGACGAGAAGGCGAUACAUCAAAGAUUGGCCAUACAGUGCCUUUCCGUGUGCAACACUUUGAGACAAAAUAUUUGUGGACUACCAAAUGAUGGAACUCGGCGUAUGGAUAUUGAUCCCCGCACUAUAAAUCACUGCCUUACCCCAGAAUUGCAAUACUCUUGUCGUUACUGGGCAUAUCAUCUGGUGCGAAGCACUGAUUUAAAAACUGUGAUUCAUCUUGCUCUCUUAUUCCUCCAGCGGCAUUUCCUGCACUGGGUAGAAGCAAUGAGCCUACUAGGUCUUAUGUCAGAGGUUGUUGGGAUUAUUAGUCUUUUGCACAAGGCUAUUCAUAGUGAUACCAAUUCUGCAAUGUCUGAAUUAUUACACGAUGGAAUGCGCUUUGUUCUAAAGAAUUACCAGAUAGCUGAUCGUGCGCCCCUCCAACUUUAUUGCUCAGGGCUUCUAUUUGCACCCAGAAUGGCAAUAAUUCGAAGGCAAUUUGAAGCAGAGCUCCCAGGUUGGAUAUACUUCCCAGGCGUUGAAGAAAACUGGAGCGCAGAGUUGCAGAGUUUCGAGGGUCAUUGGGACUCGGUUGAGUCAGUGGCUUUCUCGCCCGACGGCCGGCUGCUAGCGUCCGGCUCCAACGACAACACUAUCCGGCUCUGGGACACAGAGACGGGCGCCCUACAGCAGACCCUUGAGGGCCAUUCACGCGGGGUUGAGUCAGUGGCCUUCUCGCCCGACGGCCGGCUGCUGGCGUCUGGCUCCGGCGAUGCGACCGUGCGGCUCUGGGACACUGCGACGGGCGUCCUACAACAGACUCUCAAGGGCCAUUCGGACUGGGUUUCGUCAGUAGUCUUCUCGCCCGAUGGCCGGCUACUAGCAUCCGGCUCCCACGAUACGACCCUCUGGCUCUGGGACACGGCGACAGGCGCCCUACAGCAGACUCUUGAGGGCCAUUCGGACUUCGUUUCGUCGGUAGCCUUUUCGCCCGACGACCGGCUGCUGGCGUCUGGCUCCGGCGAUAAGACCGUGCGGCUCUGGGACACAGCGACGGGUGGCCUACAGCAGACCCUUAAGGGCCAUACGGAGUUGGUCUCGUCAGUAGUCUUCUCGCCCAACGGCCAGCUACUAGCGUCUGGCUCUGAUGACACUGUCCGACUCUGGGACACAGCGACAGGCGGCCUACAGCAGACCCUUAAGGGCCAUACGGAAUCGGUUUCGUCAGUAGUCUUCUCGCCCGACGGCCGGCUACUAGCGUCUGGCUCUGAUGAAACUAUCCGGCUCUGGGACACAGCGACAGGCGGCCUACAACAAACCCUUGAGGGCCAUACGAGCGCAGUUUUAUCGGUGGCCUUUUCGCCCGACGGCCGGCUACUAGUGUCUGGCUCCCGAGAUAUGACCGUCCGGCUCUGGGACAUAGCGAUGAGCAGCCUACAGCAGACCCUCGAGGGCCAUACGGAGUCGGUUUCGUCGGUGGCCUUUUCGCCCGACGGCCGGCUACUAGCGUCCGGCUCCCACGAUGACACUGUCCGGCUCUGGGACACAGAGACGGGCGGCCUACAAAUGACUCUUCAGGGCCAUUCGGACUGGGUUUGGUUAGUAGUCUUCUCGCCUGAUGGCCGGCUGCUAGCGUCCGGCUCGCGCGAUGCCACUUUCCGGCUAUGGGAUACGGCGACAGGCGCCCUACAACAGACUCUUAAGGGCCACACGAGAGCAGCUCAUUCGGUGGCCUUCUCGCCCGACGGCCAGCUGCUAGCGUCUAGCUCCUAUAAUAACACUAUCCGGCUCUGGGACACGGAGACGGGCGGCCUACAGCGGAGCCUUAAGGGCCAUACAGGCUCAGUUUUGUCGGUGGCCUUCUCGCCCAACGGCCGACUACUAGCGUCCGGCUCCCACGAUAACACUGUCCGGCUCUGGGACACGGCGACAGGCGGCCUAAAACAAACCCUUAAGGGCCAUACGAGCGCGGUUUUAUCGGUGGCCUUUUCGCCCGACGGCCGGCUGCUGGCGUCUAGCUCCGACGAUAAGACCGUGCGGCUCUGGGACACAGCGUCGGGCGGCCUGCAGCAGACCCUCGAGGGCCAUUCGGACUGGGUUUGGUCGGUAGCCUUCUCACCCGAUGGCCGACUGCUAGCGUCCGGCUCCGACGAUGAGACAGUGCGGUUCUGGGACACGGCGACGGGAGCACUGCAAGAGACCUUGAACCCUAAGGGAACUGUCCAUAAACUCGAAUUUUCUCGAGAUGGUUCAUAUUUAAUCACUAACUUAGGCACCCUCUAUUUUCAGUCUGGACACGAAAAUCGUGUUUCUAUCUCAAUCAAGAAAAAUCUAGCGAUCUUCAUUGAGCGAGGACAAUGGAUAAACCUGAACGGCAAAAAUGCACUAUGGCUUCCUCUUGACUGUCGGCCCAACUGUUCCGCAACUAAUGGGGAGUUACUUGGCUUGGGACUCCCAUCAGGGCGGGUUUCUUUUCUACGAUUUCGUGUAUAG